CGCCACCACCCCACUGCCCUUCCUCCUCACCGAAUUCGCCUCCUGUCUCCUCAGAGACAUGACAGUACAGACGCCGGCGGCUUCAUCUAUCUAAGGAAUUAAUUGUUGUGACUUGUGAGAGAGUUGCGAAGGAUAGGAAUAGGUAUUUUGAAUACGAAUGGGUGCGGAAGAAGAGGGGACUGUGGAGGUUAGGAAGAAAGACAAGAAGGAGUCUAAGAAAGGGAAGAAGAAUGAGGUUGCUGAUAUCCAUAUUUGCAAGGGUGAUGGUGGAGGCAAAGAUUCGGGUAAAAGUGCUGAAAAAGACAUGAAAAAGUCUAAGAAAGGGAAGAAAAAUGAGGUUAGGGAUAACGAAAUUUAUGAGGGUAAUGGUGGAGGUAAAGAUAAGGUAAUUGAGAGUUGUAAAAGUGCUGAUAAAGAAUGUGGCAAAGGUGGAAAUUUUGAGAAGAAGAAAAAAGAGGAGGAGAAAUAUGAAGUUAGUGAAAGCAGUAAUGAAGGUAAUGGUAGGAGGGAGAGAGGAAAUGAUACGAAGAAAGAUUUUGAGCAUAGUAGGGGAAGGAACGAUGGUGUGGAUGUACUGAAGAAGGUCGAAAAGAAGAAGAGAAAGAGAGAGAAGGAUAAGAGAAUUGGCUCUGACAACCAAUUGAAACAGGAAGAACUUGAGGAUGCUAAGCAUGGAAGUCAGUUGAGCAUGAAUGGGACAUGCUCUGAAGCAAUACGAGGGGCUAGAGAGGGGGAUGGUGUGGUGAAGGUUGAAAAGAAGAAAAAGAAGAAAUUAAUUAGUGUUCAUUCUGGUGGUUUGCAGCAGGGAAACACUAGUUCGAACGAAACUGAAGCUCAGGAGAACAAGGAUCAAAGUGGAGAAGAAGCUAAACUUGAAGCAAUUGAUGAAGACUGUGAAACGGAAAACGUUGAGGAGCAAAAGAAGAAGAAGAAGAAGAAGAAGAAGAAGAGAGAGAAAAUGAAAGAAAAUGAUGUUGCAGGUGCUAGUGGGCUAGGUAUUCUGGCUGAAGAGUCCAUGAAUGACAAUGCUAAUUCAACCUUGAAUGAGAAAUCUGACAAAGAUUUGCAAAAUGGAGGUAAAAGGAAGAGGGAAAAGGCCAAAUCAGUGAAAAAUGGUUCCAAAGAUCCUAAAGCUGAGAAAAGCAAGAAAAAAGUAAGGUUUUCAGGCACUACGGAGGUUUUUCCUCCAUCUGAUGAUAACUUAGUUCGGGGUAAACGUUUCUCUAGCGAAGAGGAUGAGAUCGUGAAACAGGCUGUCUUUGACUAUAUAGAGGCACAUUGUUUAGGUGAAGAAGGUUUGAACAUGGUCUUGAACUGCAGGUCACACCCUGAAGUUAAGAAUUGCUGGAAGGAAAUAACAACUUGCUUACCACAUCGGCCUCAUAGUGCCAUCUAUUAUCGUGCUCAGGUUCUGUUUCGAAGGGAUAAAAAGCGUAAAUGGACUGAAGAAGAGAUUGAAAUGCUCCGUGAGUCCCACAAGAUGCGCGGGAACCAAUGGAAGGAAUUGGCUGACGAACUUGGCAAACAUAGGUUUCAUGUAAAGGACACUUGGCGCAGAAUAAGACAUGAAAAUAUGAGAAAAGGACGUUGGUCUCAGGAGGAGUACCAGAUUCUAUUUGAUUUAGUGAACACAGAUCUGAGAAUGAAGUAUUGUGAAGAGAAGAAAUCCAAGCAUGGCAUGUUACGAGAUAAUAUUCCUUGGGCUGCAAUUAGUGAUAAAUUGUCCACACGACCUGAAGCUAACUGCUGUCUAAAAUGGUACAACCAGUUAACAUCAUCUAUGGUGACUGAAGGUUUAUGGGCUGAUGCUGAUGAUUAUCGCCUAAUUGAUGCACUUUUUCAGUUGGAUGCCAGCUGCACUGAAGAUGUGGAUUGGGACAAUCUUCUUGAGCACAGGUCUGGAGAUGUGUGUCGAAAACGUUGGAGGCAAAUGGUUCUUCACAUUGGCGACUGUCGAAGCAAUUCAUUUGCUGAUCAAGUUGAAGUACUGGCAAAGCGAUAUUGUCCAGAUCUACUCGAAGCUAGGGAGAUCUGGGAUAGCAAGCCUAUUGUCCCAUAGCCUGCUUAUUACUUUUCAUGUGAUACAGCUGUUGUAAUCCAUGAAUACCGAGUAAUUUUGAUGGUUGGGAAUUGAUAUGUUGUAUGUAUGAGCUUAGCGGAGCAGCAGUUGUGAAUUUGCAUAUGUCGAAUUGAAAAUUUUCAGCUGAAAUUUUGCGAGCAUCCAUUCUGGUGCAAUCCUUGGUUUCUCAUUCAGUUA